AUGGAGCGUCACGGGUUCUGGCUCUACAUGCAGCUCUCCCAUAGCACUCUUGAGGCAUUUGGAGAUGCUGAUGUCGAGUUAUUUUGUAAUAUUCUACCACAAGCUAGCAUGCAUGUUCCCGCUAUUCGAUCCGCGGUCUUGUGUUUCGCAUCAUAUAUUGGUAGCUUGAUCGACCCAAUCAACACGAGAUAUUGUCAACUCGCUGCAGAAUGGCACUACCGGAAAGUUCUCUUAUCGGCUGGAUCUGCGAAACCUCCUCCAUCUUCAAAUUCAAGUUGGGUUGAGAUUUUUCUCGUCUCAAUGCUACUCAGGUGCUUGGAAACAUAUCGCAACGACUACAAGCGCGCGGUGACACAUCUGCAAGGCGCCAUUGGAAUCAUCCAAGAUCAUAAGUCGUCCAAUGCAAUGCAACCACUUGAUUUCUGCGUUCAGCACAUUAUCAACCGCGUAAAGGCUAAAAUGAACAGCCGAUCAAAGUUUAUUUCGCACUCUCCAAUGUCACCCUUUGCUCAAUUCAACUCAAUAGUCGAUGGAAUUUGUAGUGAAUUUGAUGCGGCCGGUGGCACAAGAUCCCGUGGAGUUGAAAGACUUGAGUUGAUUCAGAAAUCUGUCAAGCAACUGGACUCUUUCUUCCCUAAUCUCGAAAUCGACGCAAUCUCCCUCAGUCGAAGUACCUCCUACGUUUAUUUGCACAUCCAAUAUCAGAUAUGCCGCCUUGUGCUCGUGAAUCUGGAAGAUCUGCGCAUCCUCUCAGAGUCAGCAUCAUACCGGGCGCUUCAGGACAUCCUUGAUCUGUGUGCCAAACUCAAUGAGCUCGCGUUGGAAGGUGCGAAGACACUCUCAUCCGAAGGUCGGCAGAUAAGACUCGGUUUUGGUACUGAAUUCAUCUCUAACAUACUGUUUGUUGCCACGAUAUGUGGCAGUCCACAAAUUCGACAAUCCGCCAUUUCACUGCUCCGCUCAUGUUUUCGGCAGGAGUGGCUAUGGGACAGUAUGCAAGCCGCACAGCUGGCUGAGUGGCUCAUUCACCAAGACGACGACGAUGUCCACCCUAGGGCCUGUUCGUCUCGUUCGCUACCAGUGAUAGCAUCCGCCGAAUUUUACCAAGAAAAGCGUCAAUCGGAGUCCUCAUUUAGGAGGCCUUCAUCGGUCCAGAUUGAACUGCUUUGGCCUCGCAGUACCGCCAAACACUGGCUCCUUCUCGAUCAACCCCAUCAGGGAACUCAAAACCAAGCCCAGGCUUCUCACUCAAGUGAGCUUGUACUCUGCUGCAGUCUACAAGGUCCAUUCUGGCCUUCUACUGCAAUCGCUGUCGGCAAGUCGUACGUUGAGCUUUUGAAAACCCCAGGCGCGGAAUCCCCUGAUUGGUACCGAGAAAUUUCUAAAGCAGCGACGCGAUGUCCUGUCUAUUCUGCUUUGGGAUUGUAA